CGAAUGGAGAUAUCAAGAACUCUCUUGCAGAUGGUACUACGGAAUAUUACUACUCGGAAAUCGAUACAUGGCACACCACGAAGCCUGAUGGCGUCGAGAUAUUUUACUUCCCGCACAACCAGAUCGAAGAGCACUGGCCAGAUGGACACAAAAGGAUUAUAUUUCCAGAUGGAACAUCCACAGUCGAGUCCUAGUUGUUGCAUCAACUCCUCAAUAAGAAAGAACACUACUGCUGCCGCCGCACCUAGAAGUCCACUGUUUGUUAUAGAAAGUCGGGCUGAUCUGAUGCAAGAUCACUGGCGUCGUCAUGAUUGCAACUGCUGCACUAUUCACUACCAAGACAACGAUUUGCUACCGGAGAAGAAUCGUUGGGUCAAGCCUAUCGCGGUGGACAGAAGAUGACGGGCUACCGACUUGUAAGGGAUUCAUCUCCUAUAAGCUUCAGAUUUCUGUUAAAACGGGACACACCACCCAGGUACAAACCUUCAAUCGCAAGAGCUCAUCUGAGUCGUUUGUGUUUCAGGUAUCGACGGAUAAAGUCGAGCCACGUUAUGUGGAAGGCUGGGAUAUAAGGUUCCCAAAACGGUAGCUCAGGCCGGGGAAGAAGGCAACCAUGUCGUCGUCUUCCGGUUCGACGGGUAACUCCCUGCUGAGGAUCGCCAUGCCGGUAGCGUCUUCUCUCAUUCUUGCUUACUAUGUCUUCACAUUGCCCAUGUCGUUCAUGGGGGGAGGGGGCAGUGGGGAUGUCAGGAGUGAAAUCACAGGGAAUUUGCAAGUUCCGGUUCAGACCAAGGUGGAGGUUUCGGUUGCUCCUCCGGUAUCUAUAGCUCUGGCCGCUCCAAGGCAAGCCAAGGAAACGCCCAAGUCGAGCAAGGGACCUGCAUUGGAGGACAAGGCAAGCAAAGAUCGGAAAGAAGCAGUUCCCAAGCUCAAGAGCUCGGCACCCACGAAGACGGCAGGCACGAAUUCUCCUCCACCGACAAAGCCAAGGCUCAAAGAUCCGGAAUUGCCGUUGAAGAAGCCAGCGGCAUCUCAGGAUUUAAACGAAAAGGACGCUGCCAGCAGCACAGAUCCGGUCCCUAUUCCAGACGACAUGGAAACCAAGGUGGAUGCGCGUCGCACAGAAGCGAAGAAGGCGAAUGUAGAGGAUUUGAGUACGCAGGAAUUAGCCACUCAAGAGGAUUUCACAGGAGAAGAGCUCGGAGUUGACAUUGAUGAGGAGACAGGUGUGGGAACGGGAGUUUUCCACUCUUUUGCCAUUUUCAAGAAGAAUUAUCAGCAAAUGUUGAAGAGGUUCAAGAUUUUCAUCUAUCCAGACGGUGAUCCAAAUACUUACUAUCAAACACCACGGAAAAUCACAGGCAAAUACGCUAGCGAAGGUUAUUUCUUCCAAAACCUGCGAGAGAGCAAGUUCGUCACCAAAAAUCCGAACAAGGCUCAUCUCUUCUUCAUCCCCAUCUCGUGCCACAAGAUGCGAGGAAAGGGAAUUUCUUACGAGAAGAUGGCGGAUAUUGUCCAGGAAUACGUGGAAGGCUUGAUCGUCAAGUAUCCAUAUUGGAACAGGACGCUCGGUGCAGACCACUUCUUUGUAACCUGUCAUGACGUCGGGGCGAGAGCCACAAACAAAGUUGCAAACCUGGUCAAGAACUCGAUACGUGUGGUGUGUUCUCCCAGCUACAAUGGAGAUUUCAUUCCCCACAAGGACAUUGCCAUGCCUCAGGUUUUGCAACCAUUCGCUUUACCUCGAGGAGGAAACGACGUCAGAAACAGAACAAUUCUUGGAUUCUGGGCCGGUCAUCGAAAUUCUAAGAUCCGAGUGGUUUUAGCCAAGCUGUGGGAAGAGGACGAUGUUCUAGCCAUCAGUAAUAACCGGAUCAGCAGAGCCACUGGAGAGCUUGUGUACCAGAAGCAGUUUUAUAGGAGCAAAUUUUGCAUUUGUCCUGGCGGCUCACAAGUCAACAGCGCACGCAUCGUCGACUCUAUACAUUACGGAUGCGUGCCAGUGAUUCUCUCAGACCAUUACGAUCUUCCUUUCAACGAUGUGCUAGACUGGAAAAGAUUCGCGUUGCUUUUAAGAGAGCGGGACGUCGGCGAUCUUAAGUUGAAGCUCCAAUCUGUCUCCAAGGAACAAUACUUAUCGUUGCACAGGGGACUCGUUGAGGUUCAAGAUAGAUUUGAAUGGCAUACACCGCCCAGGCCUUAUGACGCCUUCCACAUGGUGGUGUACGAGUUGUGGUUAAGGCACUUCACCGUGCAAUACAAGAAAUGAGAAUGACAGGGAAGUUAUUUUUUCCUUUGUCUUGGUGGACACUGUCUUGUUUUCCAGAUUCUAAGAAACUCUUACAUGGAUCCCUCGAA